AUGCAACAUUUUUCAAAUCCAAGUAGACAGACUGAUACUGAGCUGCCAGGAGAGAGGCCUUCUAUUUUUGAUUUAGAAGACCACCCCUUAACGACUACUUUUCAGAAUGAAGAUAAGACUAAGAAUACAGGAAAUAAGUUUAAUAGUCCUUAUAAUCAUAAUUAUGAUUCAAUUGAUUCCACAUCUGCAGUAAUUGGAAAUGGACUAAACCUAUAUUUUAACCAUAGCCAACAGGAAGAGCAAGAUGAACAAGAAGAUCAAUUAUUACGUGAGAUCUAUGAAGAUGUUGAAGUUCCACAAGGUCGUCAUUUAGGCGUAUUUUCAACAUUAGUUCUAUUCGUGUCAAGGAUGGUUGGUACUGGAAUAUUUGCUACCCCAAGUAGUAUAUGGGUUGACUGUAAUGGUAUACCAUGGAUAUAUGCAUUAGUUUGGAUAUUAGCCUUACUAUUAGCAUUUUCUGGCUUAUACCUGUUCUUAGAAUUAGGAUCAUGGUCUCCACGCUCUGGUGGAAAGAAAAACUUUCUAGUGAUGGCUUUCAAUAGACCUUACCUAAUGAUGAAUGUAACUUAUUCAGUCUUCGCAAUUUUAACGGGUUGGUCAAUAUCAAAUGCAAUUGUCUUUGGCAAAUAUUUUAUUUUCACGUUUAAUUCGACACUAACUACAGCAGAUACAACUUUAAAUUCUAAUUCAAAUACUAGACUACUAAGUAUUGGCGUUAUUUUGUUUGUAGUACUAGUACAUGGCUCCUCUGUUAAAACAGGAAUUAAAAUCCAAAAUUCAUUAGGCUUUCUGAAAUUCACUCUAAUUUUUUUAAUGUCAUUAAUAAGUUUAUAUUCCAUCAUUUUUGAUUUAAAAUCUGAGCCAGAAGCAGCUACUUCAAAAUCAGUCACAAUUAACAUAGAACCAGUAACUAAUGGGUUACCUUCCUUUUCUUCAUUUGCAUCUGCAUUUAUAACUGCUUUAUACUGCUUUUCAGGUUGGGAUAGUGUUCAUUCUGUUAUUUCAGAAAUUAAAAAUCCCAAAAGAACUUUAAUAAUUUCGGGCCCAUUAUCACUAAUAAUUUGCUUUACAUUCUAUUCUUUAAUGAACUUGGCCUAUUAUAAAAAUUUAACGUUUGAGGAGAUUUCAAAAGCUGGCCCAUUAAUUGGUUCAAUAUUUUUUGUUAAAAUAUUUGGUGAAAAUUUGGGUUCCAGACUAAUCUCAAUGUCUAUUGCAUUGUCCGCAAUCUCAAAUAUGUUUGUUGUCUUAUAUUCAAUUUCAAGAAUGAACCAACAAAUUUUAAGAGAUGGGUUUUUACCAAUGGCUAAAUUCCUCUCCUCAAAUUGGCCAAAUGAUUCUCCUCUACCAGCCUUACUAAUUGCCGGGUUUUUAUCAAUAUUUUGGCUGUUAAUUCUUCCAAAUAAUUCUGAAUCUACUGCAUUUAAUUACUUGAUUAAUAUGGAGGGUUAUGGUAAUCUAAUUUUUUUAUUGUUAAUUGCUAUCGGUCUUUUUAGAAUAAGAAAGAAAAUGAAACCAAACUUGCCUAAAAUUAAAUCACCCUUUAUCGGAACAUUAUUUAUUAUUUUAGUAUCACUUUAUCUUUUAGUAGCUCCUAUUGUUGAAUUCUGUCCUCCAACUAAGGCUGGACGAACUUUUGGUUGGAAAAUUAAUUGGUAUGACCCCGUCAACCAUAACUUAUCAUACCAGUUCAUGUCCCUACUAAUAAUUCUCAUUUGCUUUUGCUAUUGGGCCAUACGAUUCAAAUUAUUACCAUAUAUGUUUAAUUAUUCAUUACAGCCGCUGAAUCUAAAAUUAAAGGAUGGGUUGACCGUAACACAAUGGGUUUCCAAGGAAAUUGAAUAA